AUGUGCUAUAACACGAUAUUUCUUGGCUUCAAGAAAAGCCAAAAACUUCAAAUAAUUUGUGACAAUGCAAUAAGGCUUGUUACUGUUCGGAUCACAUAUCAUCAGUACGAACAUCAAACGAGCCUUUGGGUUGUAUUAAAUGAGCAAUAUAAACCGUUUUACAUCACCAAGUUAGAACUUACAGGACAAGAUAAAGCUUUACAUGACUUAGUGAUUGCGCCUUCAAGCCAAAUCGAUGAUAUUACAAAAAAUUUGAUCAUCAGAGAUACUGAAUACAUCAUAGAAUACUUAAAGCAAAGAAUAAAUUUAGAACAGAAAUAUGUGGAUGAUGUUUCAUUAUUGACGAAGAAUAUACAGAAUUGUUGCGUGCCGAAUGAGCAUAAUUUGGUUCAACAGACCUUUAUGAAUUUUGUUGAAUUAGAAACUGAAAAUAGAGUAUAUAAAGAGCAAUAUAUUCAGAGAUUGAAAGAACAGAGAGACAUAUUGAUGAAGUUUCGAAACGAACAACAACGGCUAUAUGAUAAGAAUCGAGCUUGGAUGAACCAACUGAAUGCUGAAUAUAUUAUGACAAGACUAGAUAAAUUACCUAAGGCAUACGAAAUUUAUACACGAAAAUGGAAUGAAAUUGAGGCACUCAGCAAUACUACAGUAUCAUCGCCUAUGAUUACAUUGUCAACUCCAAUCAUGCCGAACUUUUAUUCUUUACCGGUCAAUAACAAUAACAAUAAUAUCACAAACACCAAUAAUACGCAUAAUAGUAUUCUCAGCGUUUCUACCUUUAAAGAUGAAAAUGUAGAGCAAAGUAGUAGUAAAAAAAUAGAAAGAUUCAUGAAGAAGCACCUGAAUAAGGUCGAAGAUCCGGCAAAGCAAAAUCUAAAAUUAGCGAAAUUGAAAGUAGAAUUAAACGAAGCAGAUACUAAUUAUCGUAACGUUGUACGCGAUAUAAAUACAAUGGCACUAAAGCUGGAUGCUACCAAUUAUCAUAUUUUACUAAAUGUGCAAUCGGGCUUGAAAGAACGGUCCGAAAGAGUAAAGAUCAUGCUACAGAAUGUAAUAAAGGCAGACACUAAGCAGUUACAGAAACGACAGCAAUCUAUUUUAACCUUCUUGGAAAAUUCAGUUUACCGAGUGGAUGUUGAUAAGGAGUCUCAAAGCUUCAAUAAACGAUCUAUUGACGUUUUGAGCAAGCUUCCCAAGCCGCCCACGAUUUAUUACCGAAAUCACCAUGUAGGCAUUUGCAAAGAUCUAAUUUUUGGCACAUCACUCACUGACUAUGCACAGUUGAAAGGUAUAUCUCCACCUUUAUUGAUUACUAAGUGCAUUACCGCUAUUGAGCGUCUGGGUGGGAUGGAGAAAGAAGGAAUUUAUAGAGUCUCUGGGAAACAUAGCAAUCUGGAGAAAAUUAAGCAUGCAUUUGAAAUGGAUGAAGAAGCAGCCCAGAUCGGUCAUAAUGGUGUGCCUGAGGAUGUGUUCAGUAUAGCAUCCAUUAUAAAAAUAUUUUUGAGAGAGCUUAAAACACCCUUAUUCCCAUUCAAGCUGGCCGAUCGACUUGCUUAUUCACAGAUACCUGAUCAAGAGUUACGGUUAAUGAAUUUAUUGACAAGGCUACUCAAGUUAGCCAAUGCCAACUAUGAUACUCUAAAAGCUUUGAUAUACCAUUUAUCAAAACUACAAGCUUGCGUAGAAAAGAACAAAAUGACUAUCAGUAACCUAACACUCAUCUUCACACCUGCUAUUUUUCAGGAUCUAAAUAACGCACAGAAUUCUCCUGGUGAAUGGGCCAAAGACUGCGUUUUAGAGGACUUGAUCAAUAAUUACCAAGUUAUAUUUGCCAACAAAGAUCUUCAUAAUAAUUCUGCUAUUACAGGUGCUAUUGAUUACGGCUUCGAGCAAUAUCGCUCGACAAAAGAAGACGGUCAUACAAAUGAAGCUCACAGAAGAAACUCCAAUCGUUAUGCUUUGCCUAUACAGUCGCCCGAGAGUGUUUCAGAUAUAACGUCCCUGCAUGAUGAGCAGCCUGAAUAUUCAUUAGUUACUCACGAAGAGGGAGAAGAGGGAGAGAACAGCUUCAACGCUAAUAACGAUAUGAUUACAGGCAACAUUCAGAAAUGUGAUAACGAAUCCCAUUGGGAAGACAACAAAAUGAACACUGAAUAUCCACAGAAGCCUGCAAAGAGUUUAGCAGACAACACUAUUUUAUCGAAAGCAGCUAAAAGCAACUUGGACAAAAAGAAAUAUCAAAGUCAUUUCAAACUGAAGGGAUUAAGGGUUGAUACAACCUAUACUACAGAAAGUAAAAGCAAGAGACAACCAGAAGCGGUAGAUCAUUAUAUUCCUGCUGUUAAGAGUGCAAUCGUUCCCUCACACGACUGGCUUUCUUUAGAUCCUGCAGAGCAUGUAUUUCGUCCGAUACCCACAAAUUUGCGCCGGUCUGCCACUACUGGAAAAAAGGCCUUAUCUAAGCGCAAUAAAGCAGCAGGGAUCCCUCCGUCAGAUAUACCAAGCGUACCUACAUUAAACCGUAAUAUUUAUUCCUCUUCAUUCGAUACUACUACUACAUCUAACAAUAAUCCUCAUGAUACCUCCAAUACCAAUGCUGGUAAUAUUGUGAAAGCUUCGUUAAUGACUAUACCUUAGAAUAAACUUUGAAACACUUUGCAAAGAUCAGGGACACAGGAGAUGAAACUAUUUAUAACCUGACCUUAUCAGUAAGUUUUGCUGCUUUCAAAGUUGACUGUGCGCUUCAAUGAUGCAAGUUACACAAAGCAUGUUGAAUGCUUCUGUUGAUAGUAUUGUGCCCCGCGUUGCACUUUUCGACUCAAAUUCUGUUACUGUAGGCAAGUAUUUAGAAUAUGGCAAUUUUUUAGUGCCGUGGUGCUCUAUGAAUCAUGGAUCUCCCCUUUCCUUACUCGUCUU